AUGGACACAUGCAGUGCUUCAGAAAAUCCCCUCACAGGGUCACAUGACCCUUCCUUCCACGCAACUCCGCUCGACUCGACGCCCGUGAGUCGUUCUGUUACCAUGGUGCAGAUCGUUAAACUGACCGUCAGCGAUGUGAGGUUUCCGACCUCUUUGGAGCAACAUGGCUCAGACGCAAUGCAUACAGAUCCGGACUACUCAGUCGCGUACGUUGUUCUGGACACCGAUGGCGGGUUGAAAGGCUACGGGCUGACGUUUACCGUGGGGAGAGGCACAGAGAUCGUGGUUUGUGCUGUGGAGGCCUUGUCAGGACUGGUGGUGGGCAAAUCCUUAGAAGAGAUUGUGAGUGACUUCCGUGGAUUCUACCGCCUCCUCGCCAGUGAUGGCCAGAUGCGAUGGAUUGGCCCAGAAAAAGGAGUGAUCCAACUGGCCACCGCUGCGGUGCUGAAUGCUGUGUGGGAUCUCUGGGCGAGGGCAGAGGGCAAGCCACUAUGGAAGCUGCUUGCGGACAUGGAUCCGCGACAGAUCGUCUCAUGUAUUGACUUCAGGUACAUCACCGAUGCCCUAACAGAGCAGGAAGCUCUAGACAUGCUCAUCAAAGCACAAACCGGAAAGCAGCAGAGAGAGGAUCGAAUGCUGAACGAGGGCUACCCUGCCUACACCACAUCCUGUGCCUGGCUGGGAUAUUCAGACCACCAGCUCAAACAGUUGUGUACGGAUGCCCUCAACAGUGGCUGGACCAGGUUUAAGGUAAAGGUCGGCGCUGACCUGGAGGACGACAUACGCAGAUGCAGUCUCAUAAGGCGGAUGAUUGGGCCUGACAACACUUUGAUGAUUGACGCCAACCAGAGAUGGGAUGUAGGAGAGGCCGUCAGCUAGGUGUCCAGACUGGCUGAGUUCAGGCCGCUGUGGAUCGAGGAACCCACCUCUCCUGAUGACAUACUGGGACACGCUGCCAUCUCUAAGGCCCUCGCUCCACUGGGAAUCGGUGUGGCCACAGGGGAGCAGUGUCACAACAGGGUGAUGUUUAAGCAGUUCCUCCAGGCCUCCGCCCUGCAGUUUGUCCAAAUAGACAGCUGUCGAAUGGGCAGCGUGAAUGAGAACUUGGCUGUGCUUCUGAUGGCCAACAAGUUUCAAGUCCCCGUGUGUCCUCACGCUGGAGGAGUCGGUCUGUGUGAGCUGGUUCAGCAUCUCAUACUGUUCGACUACAUCUCUGUGUCUGCAGAUCUCAGCAACCGAAUGUGUGAAUAUGUGGACCACCUCCAUGAGCACUUCUCCAGCCCUGUUAUGAUUCGUGAUGCCCGCUACAUGCCCCCCAAGGAUCCAGGUUAUUCUUGUGAGAUGCUGGCAUCCUCAGUGCAGACACACCAGUACCCCCAAGGUGACGUAUGGAGACGGCUCUUAAGCAAAUGAGCAAAAUACAAGAAUUUAACAGAGGCUGCCAUUAACCGAUUUGGA